CUGCAGGAGGGUUUGUCUUGAUUCUUAUUGUCGUUUUAAUUUUGUGACUUAAUUCUUAAAUCAAGAAGCAUUUCUGGACAAGUAAAUACCUUUGUCUUGUUUUCAGAAAAGCUCGUGGGUUAAUAAUAUGGCGGUGCGGUAAGCGAAAUUAACUCGUUUCUUCUUUAAAAUCUAUCCUGAAUGUAACUGGAAGCCGGUGUGAAGACUGACCUGAGGACUGCUGUCAUGUGCUUUAUUUUAACUCAUUGCAUCUGCUUUCAGGAAAAUAAGAAGAUAAUGCUGGUGAUGGAGUAUUUUGACUCGUGCCAAACACUGGAGGAGUUCCUGAAGCGGAAUGAAGACCUGGAUGUGUGGGACGCGCGCACUGUGAUCCGGCAGAUUGUCAAAGCAGGACAGGAGUGCUUGCAGCGGAACAUUUGUCAUUAUGACAUGCAUGACUGUAACAUCCUGGUCGUCGAACCGUUUCUGUCCAUCAGGCUAGUUGAUUUUGGACGAGGGAAGCUCAUGAUUCCUGGAAAACACCCACGGACUGAUACCAAGAUCUCUUCAUCAGAAGCUGUUAAUGUGACCGUGAGCCAGCUGUUUAUCCUCAUUAAGGAAAUAGCAGGACAUUGUUCCAGCAUCCCUGCAGAAUUCCUGGCAUUUGUAGAUAACUUCUAUACCCUUGAAGAAGAAGAAGAAGAUGGGAUACUGCUGCCAGUGGAGGAGAUUCUGAAUCACCCAUGGCUGAAAAUCAAAUACCAAUAAAGACUGUUGUUUACAUGUGUAGUUUAUGCUGUCCACCCAGACACAGGACCCGUUUUAGAGGAGAUUUAGAGCGGUUCAGCAUGACGUACACCCCAUCAGCAGCAGGAAGCCUGAAACCAUUUCUUUUUCUCUUGUCCAGUCACAAAACAGUUUUGGCAGGACCUUUGCUGUUGGCUAAAUAACAAUAUAGAAACUGACAUUCCAUCCCUAAAUUUGAUUAAGGUUUUGGUUUAUGCAGAUGGUUUUUCCAAAAAAAAUCCAUUGAUGUGAAACAUUAUUAUUAUUAUUAUUAUGGGUAAAUAUUAUAUACACUAAAAGUAAAUGGAUUAAGAGUAAACCCUCGACUAAUUGCUUUAAAAAGGAAUGUGAAACAUAUUUAGAGUCUUUAAAAGUAAUAUCCAAAGAGAAUAAGGCUACAGAGGAACUAAACAAAACUACAUCUGAGUCUCCUUCCUUUUAAAUAAUGUCUCUUUAUUUUUAUUUCAAUUUUAUUUGAUUGUUUUUGUGUAAUCCUGAUAAAAGUUUUUUUCUUUCUAUUUUAAUGUUAUGUGUUAAAAUGUGUGUUUGCACUGUAUACUGUAAAUGUGAUUGGAAGUGUGUAUAUUUUGUUAAAUGCCGUUUUUGUUUUCCUUUUAAGUUUGUAUAUUGAUCAUUUAAAAAAAAAAAUAAAGUUUUCAUUCUUUCAUGUUUGUCAUUUGUUGUUUUGCUGUUUUCUGCUUCUGCUUCCCAAAUUCUACACUUCCUCCAGCGAGGGUUGCAGUCAGAGCUGCAUGUGAAUGAGGGCCGGAUGAAGCGCCCCUGUUCAAUUGGUGCUCACUGCAGAACCAUUUGGGCAGAGCUGAACUCCAGCGAGGGGGAGCUUGAGCUCUCGCUCCUCCUUCCUUGCACUUCUUCUACGAGCGAUGUCACU